CGGGAUCAGUGGGUAGUCUGAGAGCGGUGGGUUUAGAGUGAGGUGUACUGUAGUGUGUUGUGGAGCGAUAGUUAGAGCAGUAGGAGCAGAGCUGAGUUUAUAAACCGCUGUUAGUUAAUUUAGACCAGCACUUCAGCUCGAGCAGCAGCAGGACUGAGAUCACCGCGGUCUGUGGAGUUUUUAUUGAGCGAGUUUUGGAUCAGAGCGGGCUGGGAUGGCUGUGGUUCUGUGGAGCUCAGCGCUGCUGCUGCUUCUGUCAGCGCAGUUAACCUCGCUAGUAGUGUCUCAAGGCCCCAGUAAGUGUGGCCUUCCAGAGUCGUAUCCAGAUAAGAGGCUGGAUGAGAGGUACGCUUCGCAGGUGGAGUUUGAAGAUGGACAGCGGGUGGCUUAUAAGUGUGCGGUGGGUUACACGCAGACCAGUGGAAUCAGAGUGUCCUACUGCAGGAACGGCCAAUGGGAACCACCCAGCAUGACAUGCACAAAAAAGCGUUGUGGCUCAGCUGGAGAAAUUGAUAACGGACAAUAUGAGCAGGAUGGAAACUCUUUCGGAGCUAAAGCCUACGCCAAGUGCAACAACGGAUUUGUCCUUAGAGGAGAGAGUGUAAGGGAAUGUCUCGAUAGUGGGUGGAGUGGAACCAUUCCCACUUGUGAGGUUGCUUCUUCUUACCCAGAAGUGUCUGACUCCUUCCUGCGAGUGUCUGACUCCUCCCCACCAGUGUCUGACUCCACCCCACCAGUAUCUGACUCCACCCCACCAUUGUCUGACUCCUCCUCACCAGUCUUUGUCUCCUCCCCACCAAUGUCCUCCCGGCCAGUCUCUCGCACUUUCUCCGCUGCCCGCCGCAGCACUGAAACGGCUUUAACAUGUAAACUUCCGAAAGCACAUGUCAUUUUUAAUGAUACCAAGCCUAUGUACAAUCCCGGAGAGUUCCUGUCUGCCUCCUGUAACGUGGGCUUCCAGCUAAGCAUCAAGUGUGAAGCAUCAGGCAGCUGGUCAGCUCCUCCCAAAUGUACCGUGAUUAAAUGUCCAGAACUGAUGAUUCCCCACAGCAGUAAAUCUCGUAAUUGGCGUAGGUUUAACAUGACUGUGAAGAUCACCUGUAACGAUGGUUUCCAGCUCAAAGGGUCCGAAAACAUAACCUGUGCUGCUAACGGCUCCUGGGCACCAGCUGUACCCACCUGUGUUUCACGAUCGUGUGACAGAUUUCCGCACUACCCGAGCGCUCAACCCAGAGAGGAAUAUCUCAGUAUGAGAGAGUUUGAGUCUGGAGCCACUGUGCGCUUCACUUGUGCUUAUGGAUAUCGCUCAAUUGGAGGAAGUUCCAGCAUUCGCUGUGAGAACGGCCGCUGGACGCCGUUACAGAUGAGAUGUGAAAAGAAACGAUGUGGGUCAGCUGGAGAGAUCCAAAAUGGUCGUUUUCAGUACACAGGCGUGUCUUUUGGUGAUACCGCUACAGCUGAGUGUGAUGAAGGGUACAUUUUGUUUGGAUCUGGUGUGAGACUCUGCAGGGGUAAUGGCUGGAGUGGCAGAACUCCUGUGUGUGAAAUUGUUUACUGCCCCGUGCCUCCUGAAGUCCCCGGUGCUGAGAUGUCUGAACACAUAGAGGAACCUGUAAGGUUUCGUCAUUCGGUGUCGUACCGCUGUCUCUCGGGCUUUCUGAUUGGAGCUCGGGAUAUUUACUGUAGAGAGAAUGGGACGUGGAGCGCCCCGCCCCCUCAGUGCCGAGAAAUCAGCUGUCCGAUCCCAUCUGUGCCCUUUGGAUCAAGAGCCUCAGGCUUCAGGCCUCGUUAUUACCCUCAGCACACGGUGCGCAUCACCUGCAACCCGGGAUAUAAAAUACAGGGUUCUGAGUGGAUCACCUGCGGCACAAACGGAAACUGGACUCCACAACUUCCUAAAUGUGUCCGCAAGAAAAGAUUCAUGAAAGAUUCAGCUAAAUAAAUGAACACGGCUGGUACUGUUUGUACUCUGUAAUCUGUCUUAUCCACUUAAUAUAUCCAUCUUUGUUUUGUAUUUUCAUGUGAAUACUUCAUAAACUAAUUUAUGUACUAUUAUUAAAUAUAAUAUUAAACUACAUGUGUAACACAUUAAUCGAUCAGUUGGUACUGAGUGCAUCCCUGCUAUCAGUUUUUUCUCCAUUUUACUACUUUUUUUCUCUCAGUCAGCAUUAAAUCACAGCUGACUUUUAGAGCUAAAGUUAGCUAUUCAAUAGUUUUAAUGUUAAAAAAUGUCCCGCUCCACUUUAAAUUAAGCAGGAGCCUCAGGGGGGUGAACUGGGCCACUACGCUAAAUAAACAUUUUACUAUCUUUUUA